UGCGACCUUGCGAGCUUGCGAGCGAUCCGUAUAGAAUUGAAUUCCAAGUUUCUAUCCUAUCUAUUCGCGCCCCGUAGCUACUUGGCUGGUAACUACUACGUCCCUACAGCCGCGCCUACCUCUAGCUACAUACUCGCAUCCUCUCCGCACAUGCUUCACACCUUGCAGCUUAGUCUUGCUUAGCAGCUUGUUGAAUCAGACGACGGAAGUUGGGCACAAGGGCACCUCAUCCGCCAGGUUUAGACAGAAGCAUAUUAUACACAGCCGUCUGUUCAUUCCUCCCGUUUUCGCCUCUCUCCUCCCCCUUUCUCUCUGUCGUUCCCUCGCUCCAGUCUUACCGACUUUUGCGUGCGGAGCUGUGCUGUGCUGUCCAGUUGGAACAGCCCUCCUCAAAACCACGGCCUCACCACAAACCCACUGCGUUGCUGCAGCUCGGCGGCCUCGACGGACUGCAGCUGUGCGUUGGGUCCUUGCGCUUUCACACACGCGUCUGCACGGCGGAAUGGUCGAUCUCAAAUCCAAGCUACGAGCCAGGCUUUCCAGGAGGAAUUCCGGCAUAUCCUUGCUCACGUCCAGCAAGAGCUACAGCGGCACCGGCAACCAUGGCAGCAUCCACAGCCCUAACGACGACGCCAGGAGCGACAAAAACCUUGACUUGGAGAGCGUGCGACCAACGUCGUCAGUAUCCGCUGAUGCCAUCACCGACGCAGGCGGAAGAGGAGGCCGGGAGCAAAAGCGGGUAGGAGGCGGAGAAGAAGCAGCUGGCGGUGCGGGAACGGGAGCGGGAGCUGGAGCCGCAAAUGCUGCACCCGGAGAACACAAGGAAAAGGCAUCGGGGUUUCUUGCUCUCUUGAUCGGGGCGAGCCACAGCGCAAGGACAGGAUCGCGACAAGCCACCUUUCCGAAACACGCUGCGCAAAGCAUUCGGAGCGUUGACGACGCCCGGCAAACAAGCGAGACCCCAGGUGCUAUAACCGGCCAGCCGGGAGAGGACGGCAGACUGAAACAGUACGGGUCGAACACCGACGACAUUAAUGGUGACUGUCUUAGCACAGGCGGCAGCGGCGACAAAGACGAAAAUGCGGAUCUCCAACUCGUUCCCCCUGCGGUUGCGGAUCCUGCCGGUGCUGGUGCUGGGUCUGGGCACGUUGGCAACAGCAGCAGCGCUCGUGCUGGCACUGACAAUUACACCAGCAAGUGCGACACGGGAAGCCCCAACUCGAAAAGUGCCCAGCAGCAUGGCGUCAAUGCUGCGCCUGCCGCGGCAGGAGGUGCUGCAACCAAUGCAACCAGCGCUAAAUCUGCCAGCGGCCAGCCACCCGCAAGCUCCGUAACGAAUCGCGCUGCCCCUGGUGCUGGCUCCGACUGGACACCCGCUAGCGAUCUGCGGCGGGUCUCAAUUAGCAGCGCAAGAGUUUCCAGCCUUGCCAGCAUCCACGAGGAUGAUGACCUUGCGCAUACCGCUGCCGGUGACGAACCUCUACCGCCUCCAACAACAUCCACACUUGCCACAACAAUUGAUGCUGCUGCCACCCUUGAUGCCACCACCCCAACCAACCCCAAUCCAAAUCCCUUUGAAAAUUCCCAUCAUCGACAGCUCGCUGACGCCGCUGCUCAAUCUGCCACCCCUACCACCGCCGCUCCCGAUAUCGUGCGCAGGGUUCGUCUGAUUGAUUCGGCUGUAAAUUCGUCGUCCUCUCAGCCUCCGACGCCUGCACCACUCGCUACAUCUGCCGCUGCAUCGCCGUCCAUUGUCUCGUUCAAUUCCGUCGCGCCUCUUUCGCCGACUGGUACCGUACCCCUUAGCCCAAGUGCAGAAACUCCAUCAAUCGCGCCCUUGCCCUUUUCGACCUCGACUCCUGCCAAUCUUAAUCUCAAUCCGCCGUCUACAGAUCCCACUGCCACCCCGGGUAGUCCUACCACCACCGCGCUCUCCACGUCGACCGCUCUCACGCGACCCUCGGUUCCACCGAGACGUCAGAGUCUUUUGCCCAGUCGCCAGACGACUCUCAUUCGAACGCUCCUCGACGCGAACCAGACCGAUGAACUCGACACCGGCGCUAACACCAACGACCACCUCCUUCCUAUAAGCGCCACCAUGGUGAUACGCAAGAUCUGGGUCAAGCGGCCGGGUGGCUCCGCGACCCUGGUCACGAUCAAUGAAGAGGACUUGGUCGAUGAUGUGCGGGAUUUGAUCCUCAGAAAAUACGCCAACUCCCUAGGUCGUCAAUUUGACUCCCCCGAUUUGAUCCUGCGGAUAGCCCCCAGGGAGUCGCAAAGACAGGAGCGGGUCUUGGGCCCAGAGGAGCCAAUGGCCCGGACCUUGGAUGCAUAUUUCCCCGGAGGCCAGACAGUGGAUGAAGCCCUUGUCAUCGACAUCCCGCCCCGUCGCACACCAAAGGAAUCACCCAGGACCGGCCCCCCGCAUGUUCCUCACGGCUUGCCGACGUAUUACGAAGAGACACAUAGACCGUCGGAAGGAGGUACCGAUUAUUUUGGCCCUGGCGCUCUCGCUCAUCUAGCCCCCGGCAUCGGUGGUGGCCCUGUCAUGACUGCCCCUGUUAAUGGCCCCCCGCAGUCACAUCCUCAUACCAUGUCCAAUUUGGGACCAGGACACAUCCCCCAGCUACCCUCCCCGGGAGGAACACGGCCCCGUCAGUACCGCGAACGGCCGGAUCGUCCUCGCCUGGGUAGGCAACAUACAUCAUCGCCCACGAUUCUCAACGUAGUUGGAGCCGGAGGUCACGCCGCUACGAUCGCAGUGUCUUCCGCAAAUCAUGGUAUGCAGCAAUCCUCCGUUUCCAAGGUUCAACGAUCAAGGACUCAUUCCAUUGCCUCGUCAGAACAAUCCACGACCGGUGCCGUUCCCGGUCCCCCGGCGUCAGCUCCGCAUGCCCCUCAUGUCCCUUCGGCACCGCCCUUGCCUACUCCGCCACCUGCUGCGCAAGAGCCUGUCCCGGCUAUCCCAACACAGCAUCCGGUCACUACUCCCCCAGCAAGAGUGGCCUCCCCUCGGCCUCCAACAGCAAUGGCAACAAGAACCAAGAAAAAGAAAGCCACGCCAGACCACACACCUCUGCCAGCGGUAAUGCUCAGUAGUGCCGUUCCACCAAUCAAUGUCUUGAUUGUGGAAGACAAUAUCAUUAAUCUCAAACUCCUUGAGGCUUUCGUCAAGCGACUAAAGGUCCGGUGGCAGACCGCUAUGAACGGCCGAGAAGCUGUCAACAAAUGGCGCAAGGGAGGCUUUCACUUGGUGUUGAUGGAUAUUCAGCUGCCCAUCAUGAGUGGCCUGGAAGCGACUAGGGAGAUUCGAAGGCUCGAACGCAUGAACUCGAUUGGUGUGUUUUCCAACAGCAACAGCAAUGGAGGGACCAAUGGCGGCGAAUCUGGCGGCGAUCCUGACGUGAUGCCCGAGGAAGACAAACUUGAAAAUAUAGAGCUGUUCAAGAGUCCCGUCAUCAUCGUAGCUCUCACGGCCAGUUCGCUGCAGAGUGACAGGCACGAGGCCCUGGCAGCGGGUUGCAAUGAUUUCUUGACCAAGCCCAUUACCUACAUUUGGCUGGAACGCAAAGUCAUGGAAUGGGGCUGCAUGCAAGCCCUUAUCGACUUUGACGGUUGGCGGAAAUGGAAAGAUUUUGGGUCGAGCAAUGGCGAGGACAAGAAGGACAAUGCGUCUGCGGUCAAGGACAGCAGCGGGAUGGCCUCCAAGAAAGCCGUCACCAGACCCAAGAGGAAACCGACUAUGCAAAAGGAGGUCACAAGCCCACAUCACCCAGCACAAGCGGCGCCGCCUUCAGAGGUGUCACAUACCACCCAGACGAGUCAGACUUCGAGCGACGAUAAGUGAGGUGUUCGGCGCUGACUCUGACUGGCGUUCAUCACUCUGCAUUUUAGCUUUGGUUGGUCGUAUCAUAUACCCUGCACCUGGCGGUCUCUUAUCUUCUCUUCUGUAUUAUUGUUCCGUUCUACAAGAUGGAAUUUUUGGAGGGAAACGACUUCGAUCUCAAAAUGGACGAUGAUGAGCGCCCGGGCUUUAUUAAUGGCUGGUACACAACGAUGCAACAUGACGAUAAUACUCGUUCUUGAUCGGUCAUUUUGAACAAGGGACUGGUGGCCAGAUCAUUCGGACCAUCGGUUCUUGGUUGAGAUGCAAGAAGGGAUCAAGUAAAGAACCAGUGAGGAGAUGGAAGUCCCAGUUCAGCAAUCGCACAGAUUUAGGACCGUACCGUGGUCCACAUCUCCUGAUCUUUACCUGUCCUGUUUACUUUUGUUUUCAAAAUUAGGGGGUUAGCGUGAAGUACACGAGGCAUGCAUACGAGGCGUCACAGCGGAUCAGGUUCGCGAAGUUACCUAGUGUUGGCUUUUUUUUUGCAAUAUUUCUUUUCCCCUCUUCUACACCGGGACCAUCCUGUUGGUCACCAAACACCACUAGUUCUUUUUGUUGGCGAUAUGAACAAAAGAAGAAGUAAUGUACACAGACUCAAAAGCUACAUAUGUCAGCUGCCUAUUAAGUGAGCGGACGUUUUUUCUGCGUAGCUCAGGAUUGGAGCAGAAACAACAUGGUCGAAAAUGGAAGAGAACAGUUGAGAGUAAAGACAUAAACUUGAGUUGCA